AGACCAAACAAGAUUUUUUUUUUUUUUUUUUUUGUCCUCGCUCUUCUCUUCCAGACUGAACCAUCGAGCGACUCCACACCUCGACUCGUCCAACUCCAGCACGCCGCGGAGCAGAUUUACUCGGGAGUGCCGAACGUACAGAGCCAAAACGCGGACCGACCAAAACACUUUGAAGGACUUCACCUUAGAUUUGAACACGUACUUUCCCAUUUUGGGCACUUUAUUUAGUUUCGAUUAAAAAAAAAAAAAAAUUGAGAUGAGGACUCUGUGGUUGUUGUUCCUCGUCGGGCUAGCCCCGGGAUUCAUCAACGAUAAAAUGCUGGUCUCUUCCCAGUCCCUCUCAUUUGUGGGAGAUGACCUUUACAUAGAGGGUCAAACAUCAGGUGACCUCCCAAUUGAUGAUGAAGACGGGGAUGACUUUGGCUCAGGAUCUGGAUCCGGAGACUAUGACAAAGACGACGAAGAGGCGCUGAUCCGUACCACAUUUGUUGGAUCGAACAAGAACAAGAGCGAAGGAAUGCUUCCAAGUCGGCCAACGGCGGAUCCCGCUGACCGUCGGCCAACCGAAGCAGCCGACGGCCGCGAUCCGCCGACCGCGGUGGUGGACGGUGAGACGACAGCAAUGGGGGAGGACACCGAGGGCGAGAAGGCGGCAACUCCCGACUGGUUCACGCAGGCUCCCAGUCCCAGGUCCACCUCAGAAGGCAAGGACGGGAAAGAAGCCGACGAGGACAACAGCCUGGAUCGGUGGGACGACCCCUCCUCCGCUCCCAAAGAUGGCGGGGACAAAGUCGCACACGAAGUUGAGACAAAUGAAAUUGUCGUCAGCCGAGGCAGCAGGAUGUUUGACUCGCCUGAUGACGUGACGUCUGAGAGCAUGUGGGAGCGAACGGAGGUGCUGGCCGCGGUGAUAGCCUGCGUGGUGGUCGGACUGCUUUGCGCCGUCUUCCUCCUCGUCCUCCUCGCCUACCGCAUGAAGAAGAAGGACGAAGGAAGCUACGACCUGGGCGACAACAAACUUUCCACAACGGCUUACCACAAAGCACCGACCAAGGAGUUUUACGCCUGAACUGACCAAACGGAGACUGUGAAUAGAUCUCAUCACCUGCCAGUUUGGACUGAGAGCGGCUCAAUUUUCAGCUUUAUUUUCAGAUCUUCAAAAGCAGCAAAGUUCCCCCUGCGCCUCCUUCCCGUCACGCUAUCUUUUCACGUCUCUGUCUUUAGUCUGCGCAACUCUCCUAGAGAACGAGAAUUCAUAUGCAUUCAUGUCAUUCCAAUCUGGGAAAGGAGUGGAAGUGUAUCGAUUGUCGCAGGAUUUACAGCCAUCGUGGUUCAGGAAAGUCCAUUCGACGCCGUGCCUUAAAGCCACGCUGCCUAUCUAAGAUGGCCUCCCAAUUGUCAGUUGGCCUCAACGGUCAUAAGGAAGUUGACUGAAAAAAAGAAAAAGCGUUUUCGAGGAUAUCAUAAAAACGGUACGAGUAUUCCAAAGAGCCGAACGUCCAUCCCUUUUAGUUCGAGGUCAGAGUUCACGCGUUGUUACAUUUCAUUUAGCGCUUUUUGCUGACUGUACGAAUGGUUUUUUGUUGUUGUUGUUGUCAUGACGAGUGAAUAUGCAAUUCCAUAUUCUGUCCAGUAUUGGUACGUGAGAUUGAGUUCCUCUGCAGGUACACAACUUUUUGUUUUUCACCCCAUAAAUCUUCAACUGUAACUAAUCAAUAUACAGUACGUGCUCUCUUUUGUUCUCCUUGGAAAUUGUCGCUUCUUUGUGUAUUUUAUAUUUUAAGAUUUUUUUUUUUUUUUUUGCACCCAAAAGCCAUUUUAAAGAGAAAACUCUUCAUAUCUCUACAUUUGCAUUCCCGUUGCCUUUGCCCGCACAGCGGUCAACCUUGCGUUGAACGUUCUUAAUAUUUACAUGCCUAUUUUCUGUGAUGACUGCGUGCACCAAGCAAAGCUCGACCACAUUCCGUCGCCGUCGCCAACUGUAAGCAGCUCUAAUGACAGCUUUGGCCGCUGACGCCAUUUCUACACAAAAAAAAAGGUUUCUCACUAACGCGGGCGACUAAAAUAAGUUUCCCUGCAGGUUUCCAAAAUGUCAUGAUGCAGUACGUUUGUCGUUAUUCUGUUUUUAUCUUCUUAUCUUUUAGCAUUUCCUCUGGUGCUAAUUGUACACCAAAGCAUUUUUUUUGUCUGCUUUGUGGAUUGAGGGAACAUUAAUUUGCAGCAGUCUCUUUUAAUUUUUUUUUUCAAUUAUUAUUUUUACGUCGCAUCACAGUUGGACCUCUAAAAUAAAAAGCUCUAAUAUAACAAGACCAUAUUUUAAAGGUUUUGCAGCGGGUUUUUGCUUUGGUUAGAACCUAUUCCCUUUCCCCAAUGUGCAAUACCUCUCACCUUUCGUCAGUUUCAGACAUUUAUGAAUUUUUAAUUGCUGUUUUGGCGAAGACGAGAAUCCCGUGCGUUUCCCAAAUUUCCCGGAGAAAUCAUUUCAUUUCAUGGCUGGAAUAAACAAAUUAUUUUGGAACCUUAACCCUCUGUGAUUCAUUGUUCUCAUCAAGACCGUACGGAUCCCAGUUGAAUGGACUCAGUAGCUCUUUAAAAAAAAAAAUAAUUUGGCUGAAAUGAAAAACAUAUUUGCAUUUCAAGUAAAAAUGAGGGUUAAAAAAAACGUGCUGACGAUUAACGUGAAAGUUGAGGUCUUGCAACAUUCAUUUGAGAUUGUCUAAUAGGUAGUGACGAUACUUUAUAUUUAUAUUAUUUUAGACUAAUCAAUUUCAAUAUGUAAUAUGUACAGUUAAAUAUCUUUGUUCCUGCGGAUUGGAUUAUUUCAAAUGUAUGUUUUAUGAUAUUUCUGGUUCAGUUCAUAGUAAACCAGGUGUAUGCAAUCUGUGUCAUGAAUACAUA